GCGAGAAGCUAUUAUAUUGAUCAUAAUGCACAAUUGUGCGUUAUUGCAACUGAUUUUGUAUAUAGUUUCUUCAAUCUGCUGGUCGAUGCGACCGCAUAUUCGGAUAUUCGAUCAAAUUGAAAAGCAAAGUCGUUUUUGUCAUUAGUUUUACUGAUUUUAUCGUUCAAUUUCGUCAUUGAAUUUAUUGUUAAGAUGGUUCGAAUUAGCGCUUGUUUGGAUGUCAUUUUUGUUAUGCUUCAAAAUUAACUAAAAAGAAUGGUGAAAGAAAUCAGGCAUAAAAAGUUUACAGUAAUUACGUUAAGGGCCAAUGUAUCAGUUCAUAAACGAAGAAUGACACGUAAAUGCAAUGUUCCCUUCAUAUGGGCGAAGAAAAUUACCUGCGCCAAGAUAAAUAAUGAAAAAAUGAAUUUUAACAAGGACGAAAUUGAAUGAUUAAAUCUGUAAAAUGAUUGACAAAGAAACGAAUCUGCUGGCCCAAUCAACGCCAUUCCCUGAGUGAGACGAAAACGUCGAUACAUAAAUAGGACAGGUGAGAAUAGAUUUUUUUUUCGUGAAUUACAGCGCUCAGAAAGCUAAGAGGACUCUGUGGUGUUAUUUCGAAAUUGGAAUCAACAUUUCGGGCGAGUGAACCCUCUUUGCCGAAAUUAAACUUUCUUUUAAUUAAGCAAUCUUAAAACGAAGGAAGUGCUAAGUUAGCAGGAAAACCUAUACAAAGCUAUACGCAAGCAAGCAACCUUCAAAAAAAUUGCUUUACACAAUUUGAUCACAAAAACCGGUACACUGCAGACAUUUGUCUUCUCUGAAUGGCAUCACAUCUAGAGACCUGUACAGAGCAAGUUACGACAUGUGUCACGGAAACAAAUUGGUAGUGUAGGCUCCAGUGCACGAUGGUUGUACUGUACUAAAUUCGCACCGACACAAAACAGUGCACAAUCGGACAGAACUAGCGCUGCCUGGUGACCUUCAGGAAUAGGUUGGCUUCACGUGUGUCACUAGAACUUCAAGAUUAUGGUCACAACUUCAGUUUUCUUUUUACUUUCAUUAAUAGGGUGAGCAAGCGAAAAUGUUUUAUUUACCUCACCCUUCCCCGAAAAAAUACCCCCAAAAUUGUCGUUUGAACUUGCGCCCAGUUGGUUUGUAGCUGCCUGCCUCUAUGCAAAUGAGCCCACAGGAGGUCGUUUGGGGAAAAACACCCUGAAUUGGAAGCCAAAAGCCAAAUUGGAACGCCUUGGUGCAACUGUCCGCGGAAGCUGAUGUUUUUCUUUAAUUUUGCGCACUACCUCGUAUGCGAAUAUGGAUAGAUGCAGGCGCGCUAUCAGUGCACAGCGACCAAUCUCAGCCGUAUAGGCCUGCAUAAUGCACGAUUAACGUAAAAUGGCAUGCAUGAUAACGUAAAAUGGCCGACCUUCCAAGACGACUGCAGCACGAGUUGUCUUGUUGCUUGAAUUCCGCUGCAGAUAAAUUAAUGUUGGAUGAUUUUCGUGCCAAGCAGCGGCAAGCCGUUGAAUAGUUUCUGCAGGGUCACGACGUUUCUGUGAAUUUUUGUUUUCGUAGCCAAGAGGCCACGGGAAAUCUGUUAUUUCAGGCCUGCACCUUUCUGCUCAGAGCUCCUGAGACCAGAUACAAAGCCCAUCCCAUAGCAUAAGUUAGAUUUUCAUGAUUUUAGCAUUAACACUAGCAGGAGUGGUCCUGUGCUACCUUUAUCUAUUGGACGAGUUCUUCCUCAUCGUUCAGGGCUGAUUUCCUUAGCCGCACAAUAUAUCAUCCAUAGCAAGAAAUUUCUGACCGAAGGUGUUAGCAAAAAGAUGGCUGCUCGUGGCGCAUUAAUUUUGCCAAGUCUGCAGAGGCCUUGAUCUCACACGAACAAACAAGGGAAGGCUCCUUGACGGGCACUUACCCCGCAGGCCUAUCGCUUUGAUGACUAGUAUCUCAGACAUGAAGACAGUGGCAACACUGGGGUUGCGCAAUCGAAGUAUUUUCAAGGGCAUCUUUAAUCCCUACGAGUAUAAACUCCUCAUAGACGAACCUUUAGCCUGCUACGAUGCGGCAGGGAACUCUAAGGAAGUAUUCCUGCCGGUGCUUGUGACCAGCAGUCACGCACACACCGAGCGGCGAACGGCCAUUCGCGAGACCUGGGGAAACCCGCUUGAAGUGAGGGAGAAGCCGAUUGUCACGCUGUUUCCAUUUGGGUACGAUCAAAAUUCCACCAUUCAGCGUCAGCUGAAGGAAGAGUCUAGCAAACACCACGAUGUGCUCCAGGAGGAUUUCUAAGACACCUACAGGAACCUGACGCUAAAGACCGUCAUGGGGUUAAAGUGGGCCAGCACGCACUGUCCCCACGCUUCAUAUGUCACGAAGACAGACGAUGACGUAUACGUCAACAACGACAAACUCGUCCGGCUCCUUAGCGAGACAUCAACCGCGCCCGCGAACUACGCAGUUGGAAAUCUAUUGAGUCGCAACAUCCCGAUACGGAACCCAAGGAGUAAGAUAUGCAUGCCCAAGGAGAUGUUUCCUGGAAGUGUGUUCCCGCCAUAUCUCGCUGGAGCGGGUUACGUAAUGUCGACGGAUGUGACAGGGAAGAUCGUUGACGUGUCGUUAUUCACCGAACUUCUGCCAUCAGAAGACGUUUUAUGGGAACAAGGCUUUCGACUAUAGCUACAACUGGGGACAGACUUCCCUUUAUCGUAGCUGCAGGUUGAGAACUUACCACGUGUCAACUUCAGAACAAAUGCAAAGCAUACUAAGACUCUGCCGCCUUACUAAAGUGCCCGAUAUUUUUACUGCGGCAUCUGCACGGAUGACAUUUUUGUUUCUUCCUCCCGCUGCUGGCGCUGUUAGUGUUUUUGAUCAUACUGUCUUUGGGGCAAAGGAUCUGCUCUGCUCUCUCAUGUUUUUGCCCACAACUUGCUGUUAAAAUCCUGACCGUCAUUAAAGAAGCGAAAGAAUAAUUCACUCAAUGUUAAAAAUCCCACGCAGCUAUCAAAACGCCAAAUGAUAAUCAAUGCUGCUAAAUAUUAAAUGAAAAUACGAUCCUCAAAUGUGCAUUUUGAGGUGACAUCUGAAAACUGUAAAGGGAUAAAUUUCAACAAAAUUCUGGGCUGUCCGUACCAAAACGGCCAAGAGCAGGUGCUACUGAACCUCUCUAUGUGUUGGUGGGUGUCUUUAGAUGGGUUCCUGGCCCUUCUACAGGGGCCACCACAGCCUGUGGGCACCAAAUGUGGGAGACUGGGUCCGUAUUUGCACCAAGGAAAUAUCUGCCGUAAUGCCAUCUUCAACACGCCGACAAAAGACAAUCUGCUUUUACUUGGGUUUGUGUGGCUCUCGACCGUUUAUUAUCACCAACUCCGAAACACACCCAAAGCAAUGUGACUCAAAAAAUUACUUUUGAGCCGGCGCUGCGGCACCGGG